AUGGUCAGUCUGCGUUCCAAGCUGCAUCUGGUCAGGCAGGGACGCAAGCCGUCGCCGCUGUUACUAUCGGAGUCGGAGUCGCCCUGCCUGUUGGAUAACAAAUACGACGCUGCUGCUGCUACUACUGCCGCCCCGACCCAGCCCGCUGGAUCUCCGUCCGCAGCUGAUCCGGUUCACCUUCCUACUUGGUCCGCCCCACGCCGCCUGACAUUGGACGCGCUGCCAGAGGAGCUCGUGCAAAAAGUUGCCUUUCACUGCGGGUCUGAUGCCAUCCUAGGCUUACGACACACCUGCCGAACGCUCCAUCGCGCCUUGGACACCCCGUCCUUCUUGGCCGAGAUCGCCCGACAACGAAUGGACCCUCCCACCAAUGGCACGCCAGGUCGAGACGUCUUGAUAGAAAUGAUCAAGACACAGAUGGACGACGACCACAGGACCCAAGACCACGAUGCAAGGAGGGACGCGUUCCUCUGCCUCGCCGUAACCAUUCCCCCGAGGCAACGGGCCCGUGUCAAAGCGGCCAUGGGUCCGCUCUUGGCGAGGGCACGGAUCAAGGGUUCGGGCAGGGAUCCUCAUGCUUCCCCGGAUUGCACCGCCGCCCAACAUGGACACCACCAGCAAGGAGGUCACGACCAUAUUGAUGACUGCAACGGCGACGAUUUUGACGUUGCCGCUGAGGUCGAGGCGAGGCUGGGGUUGAUAUCAACCCUGUGUGUCCUAGGAUAUUCGGACGUCUGUGAUGUUGAUCUGGCCAGGGCACUCAUGGCUAUCAACCCCUGGACCAUGAAGGCAAACAUUUGGUCUGAAAAGAAACUACUAGCGCAGAAACAGCUGAGCCUACAGCUGGCUUUUACCAUGACGCUGGGCCUGAUACAUCCCUGGGAUUGGUCAAAUAUCUCAGCCGAAACACCAGAGUACUACAAUCUUGCCCAUCGUGUGAGGGCGGACUACCACGGCGAGGACUUCACGUCUUCGAACCAGAGUUUCUGGCUCAGCUGGGAGGGCCUGCACACAAGGUCGCUCCAACUGGCUGGUUUGAUAGCAUACAUACUGAAAAUUGGCGGCUUCGAUGAUACGCCUCGGUCAGACUUGAUUCCCCUCCUCCGCGACACAACAUCCCCUUCGAAUUCAACUACAGCCACAUUAUCAUCACAACCUUCUCAACUUAAUAUACCCCUACUGGAGAAGACGCUAAACGGUAGCUACGGCGGCAUCCGGGGACAGUCCAACUCCUGGCAGGAGUGGUACACCUCAAGAGUACGAGACCUCGUCAGCACCAUCGAUGACGACGAGGACGGUGGCUGGUACGGCUACUACGUAUACACGCUGACCAACACCGACAACCUCAACCCAAUCGGGUCCAAAGACCCAGCCAUGGAGAACAUCCACUUCAAGCUCGACAGGGCACCACCAAAAUCAACAACCCCCACAGCGGCCACGGCCAAGAAGCGUUCGCCCUCCUCCACCCCGACGACACCGCAGAAGCUGCCCCUGGAGGCGCGCGCCUGCCAGGACGGCAUCACGCGCAGCUUCGACUUCGUCGGCACGGUGGCGCCCGCGACAGGCAUCGUCAGCAUGCGCAAGAACUACGUCGGCGCCCACUACUGGGACUACGAGGGCGUCAUGACGCCGCUGGGCAUUGUGGGCGAGUGGGGUAAGGAGGGCGCCGGCUUCAACGGGUACUUCUGGCUCUGGCGCCGGAGCUGGAUGGGCGGCGGCGACGGGACGGGCCAGCGGACUUAUGCUUAUUCUUAG